ACAAUCCAAGAUGGCGGGCUCCAGGCGGAGGGCUCCUCAGGCCCGGGUUCGGCCCCUUCUCUGCGCCCUGCUGCUGUCCGUCAGUCGCUUCGUCGGGGGCGACGGCGCGGGAGGGGACGCCGCAGCUGCAGGCGCCGCGGGCACCGCGUCCGCGCUGCCGCAUCGCCGUUUCGAGUAUAAAUACAGCUUCAAGGGGCCGCACCUGGUUCAGAGCGACGGGACCGUGCCCUUCUGGGCCCACGCGGGGAAUGCCAUUGCAAGUUCUGAUCAGAUCCGAAUAGCCCCAUCUUUAAAAAGCCAAAGAGGAUCGGUGUGGACGAAGACAAAAGCUGCCUUUGAGAACUGGGAGGUGGAGGUGACAUUCCGAGUAACCGGACGAGGUCGAAUCGGAGCCGAUGGCCUGGCAGUGUGGUACACGGAAAACCAAGGCUUGGAGGGAUCUGUGUUUGGAUCAGCUGACAUGUGGAAUGGCGUUGGAAUAUUUUUUGAUUCUUUUGACAAUGAUGGAAAGAAAAAUAACCCUGCUAUAGUAAUUAUCGGCAACAACGGCCAAAUCCAUUAUGACCAUCAAAAUGAUGGUGUUGAUCAAGCAUUAGCCAGCUGCCAGAGGGACUUCCGGAAUAAACCCUACCCCGUCCGGGCAAAGAUCAUAUACUACCAGAAAACCUUGACAGUGAUGAUCAAUAACGGCUUCACACCCGAUAAAAAUGAUUUUGAAUUUUGCGCCAAAGUGGAAAACAUGGUGAUCCCGGCACAAGGGUACUUUGGGAUAUCGGCUGCGACAGGAGGUCUUGCAGAUGACCACGACGUCCUCUCUUUCCUGACGUUCCAGCUGACUGAGCCUGGGAAAGAGCUGCCUACACCAGAUAAAGAAAUUUCAGAAAAAGAGAAAGAAAAGUACCAGGAGGAGUUUGAGCACUUCCAGCAGGAACUGGACAAGAAGAAGGAGGAGUUCCAGAAGGACCACCCCGACCUCCAGGGGCAGCCGACGGAAGAAAUCUUUGAGACUGUCGGGGAUCGCGAGCUGAGGCAGAUCUUCGAAGGGCAGAAUCGCAUCCACCUGGAGAUCAAGCAGCUCAACCGACAGUUAGACAUGAUUCUAGACGAGCAGCGGAGGUACGUCUCCUCUGUGACAGAGGAGCUCUCCAAGCGUGGAGCCAGCCUCCCAGGGCCACCGGGACAGAUCUCUCAGCAGGAAGUGGACACUGUGGUGAGAACGCAGCAGGAGGUUCUCAGACAAGUGAACGAAGUGAAGAAUUCCUUGAGUGAGACCGUCAGGCUGGUCAGCGGGCUGCAGCACCCAGGCUCCGCGGGGGGUGUGUACGAGACCACGCAGCACUUCAACGACAUCAAAGAGCACCUGCACAUUGUCAAGAGGGACCUGGACCACCUCGUGCAGCGGAAUGCGCCGUCAAACGAGAAGCUGAGGUGCCCCGAGCUGCCGCCGUUCCCGUCCUGCUUGUCAACCGUGCACUUCGUGAUCUUCGCCGUGGUGCAGACGCUGCUGUUCAUUGGCUACGUCAUGUACCGGACACAGCAAGAAGCAGCCGCCAAGAAGUUCUUUUGACCACCGUUUGGCUGUGUGUGCAUCGUGUACAGACAUCAUCUUCCCAGAAUGUCCACUUGUCCCGUGAAAAAAUGUCCAACCUUCCGAAGAAAGCAGUUGUAGACUGAAAAUCUGCGGCCUCCUCUUGAGAGAAAAGACUUCCCAAUCCAGUAUUAGCAGGCCACGCAGACCUGACCAUCCGAGGAACCGGAUCUGUGCCUGCUGCAGACGUGUCAGCUCGCGGUCCUGGGCCCCAUCUCCUCCCCAGAGCUGGCAGCAGUGACAACAGGCAAGCACGUGUGAGUGGAUUCCCCGCUGGCGCCCAAGCCACACUGCUGUGUGUCAUUUUUCACGUUUGAUUGAUUCUCCUCAAAAUCACUGACUUGAGCUCAUUUCUGGAGGUGCGGAUUUGCUCUGUGGGAAAGUCACUGCCAGGACUCUCGUUUCUGUACUGUUUGUAUAGUUGAAUUUGUUCACUCUGACACCAGCAAGUGCUUUUACAGGUGCCUUGAAUUAAAGCCAGAUUGAUUGUGAAACCUCAGUGUGCAUCCCUGUGCCUGUGGCAGCACCUUUGCAUCGGGAGGGCGCCUCCCUGUCUUCUCGGGGUGGGGAUGCUCUGCUGGUGCCUCUGCACUGGGAACCUCCAAAGGACGACGGGGGGCCCGGGACACCCAGGAGGCAUUCAGCUGCCGUAGGAAGGGCCGGAACUUAGAACCCUCCCAGAGGGCCACGUCAGACGACAGGCUUAGGAUCUGCUUCCCCAAGGGCCCAGCCUCGCUCGACUCCCGUGCACAUGUGGGCAGUCUGGGUCAGAAGUAUUCAAGGCAGACAAACAGCUGGAUAUUGGAGUGAGCAAACACAGCUUGUUUGUGUUUUGGGGGGUAUUUUUGUUUGUUUUGUUUAACGCUGAACUGAGAACCAUAGGCUUUGGCUGUCGGUGGCAUUAGCAUUGGGGCCUUGGUUUGUGUGGCCCAGAGCCCUUAGCAAUGGCCCUAAAGCUUACCUCCUCUUCCGGUCACUGUCAGCGUGGCCACAGCUCCCACCUCGAGCCUGCCUGCUAAAGCUGCGUUUUCCUGAGGGUGAUUAUCGUGGUGUUGAUCUCAGCCGGUUGCAUUUUUUGGUAACCUGGGGAAAACAGAUUACUUGAAUGAGGUCUGCAGAGCCCACUGUGCUGCUGAGAGAAUCUCUGUGAAGAGCUUGAACAGUCACGGUUGUGGCUGGAAGAUGUGAUUCUCUUUCCCAGCCACGUGCUUACCCCUGGGAGAAAGUGAACAAAUGAUUAUAUUAGGGCUUCCUUUCCUUAGAGGAUUCCUGGAAAAUCAACGCUCUGACAUAUUAGAUCCAUAUAUUGCCUGUUCAGUAUAUUUCUUUUAUGAGUUUUACUUAAAGCUUAAAAAGGUUUGCUAUCCAAUCUGAAUUUCAAUUCGAUAACAUUUUGUCAAAAGUUUUUCUUUCUCUUCCAAUUGUUACUGAAUGCUAGCUGGACUUAAAAACAUGACAUUGACCGUAUUGAAAUAAAGAAAUAUUUUAGUA